UGUACCCUUGCAAAUUAAAACAUUACAAAAUGAACCUACCAUUUACAAUCUGCUAAUUGCACCUGCUUUCAGAAUUUUUUCUGUGCCUGUUCAAGACCCUUCUGAACCACAUAGUGACAGUGCUAUCUUUCGUUUAAAAAAAGGUGUCUAUAAUAGUAUUAAUAGAAAAACUACUGAUUUGUCAGUUAUAUGCAAGUAUAAUCCAAAUCCAAAAGGUCACCAUUCUAAUGUAGCUGAAGCUACAUAUUGUCAAACCAUUUUUUCUGUUGCCGAAAAUUCAAAAUCGCAGUUGUGUGAUGAGACAGAACAUGUAAAGAAAAAAAGAAAAAGAGAUGAAGAGCUAGUGAAAAUUGCAAAGGCUUUUAAAUCUAAAAACCAACAACAAAAUAAGAAUCGUAACCAUGUAGUUGUUGAAGAUUAA